AUGGCGAGCCCUGUAGCCAGCACCUAUCCUCAUCCUCACCCUCUUCCGUCUCCUCCCCCCGUAUACCAUCCGUCUUCACCCCCGCAUUCUCCGUCACAUCGCGAGCCUCAGUCCACGCCGCGGAAUCCAAACUACCCGCCGACGUCUCCAGUUGCGCGGAAACCGCUACCGGAAGCGCCGCGAGCGCAGGUUGCACAAGGAACCCAGCGCCCGCCGGUGCCCUCCGUCAGUGUAAACGGCCAGAUCGAGCAGUCUGAAACGCAGAGCCCGACAGCUAGGAACGUACAUGACAAUUCCUUUACAUCACACGUGCCGAAUACCGCCUUUUCCAAUCUGACGCUCGAAGACAACCCCGCAAAGAAUGGAGGGUAUCCCCCGCGAAAGGAGUCAGUCGGAGUCAUUCCUUUGUCCGGGAACAUGGCCUAUCGACACACCCCUGCCAGCAGUAUUUCAUCAUUUGCUGUAGAACCUCAGCCGCAUGAUGAGCCUCAUAUCCCUGGUAAGGAUAGCGGGUCAUCCUUCGAUCGCGAUGUCCCGUCCGGUAGCCAGAACACCUCUUCACGCGGCAGCCUAGACAGCAUGGCGCAUGCCUCUGAAAACAUUGAGCCUUUGCACUAUCAUCAUCGCCCGUACCUGACCUCCCAGCCAGCUGUUCGGUCCACUCCUGCCUUAGGGUUAGCGGAGAACACGCCAGGAACCAAUACUCACCUCACUGCCAAACGGCCAGCGCGCCCACGCUCGGCAUAUUCUUUUGCGUCAGACAAUGCGUCUCCCCAGGCAUCACCUUACCUCAAACCUCGUACUUCAUCUAGAAACUCCAGCUCUCCCGAUGUUCGGCCGCUCUCCUUCGUUGAUCUCCUUAACACUCCCUACCCUCAGCCAGGUCCCGCUCCGGUUCAUCUGGGCAAUUCUCAUCUUCGAUCUUCUGUGGGAAACAAUGCAUCCUUGCUGAGUCAUAAGCAGACCUUUGAUAUGUACCUGGCGAAUGUGAAGAAGACGGAUGAUCCUGCCGUUCAGUAUGAAUUUGCCGUUUUCAUGGUCAACGCCAUGCUAGAAAUGCCGGACGAUGUAUUGGAAGGCGGCAAGCCGUCAAUCUCAGUUGAGAAAGGCAAAACUUCCAACGACAUUACUCGCUCCCAUCUCUUGAAAGAGGCCAAAUCGAUUUUGCAGGGACUAGCCAACCGCAGUUAUCCUUUUGCUCAGUACUACCUAGCGGACGGCUAUGCCUCGGGCUUAUUCAGUAAAGGGAAAGAGGAUUACGACCGCGCCUUCCCGCUUUUCGUAGCUGCAAGCAAGCAUGGCCAUGUCGAAGCAUGCUACCGAACUGCUUUAUGUUACGAAUUUGGAUGGGGAACUAGGGUUGAGGCUUCCAGAGCCCAACAGUUCUAUCGUCAGGCGGCCUCGAAAAAUCACCCAGGCGCUAUGCUCCGAAUGGCUAAGGCCUGUCUUGCAGGAGACAUGGGAUUGGGCAAGCGCUAUCGAGAAGGUAUCAAGUGGUUAAAGCGAGCGGCGGAAUCAUCCGAUGCUCAAUACAACUCGGCGCCUUACGAGCUUGGACUCCUUCACGAAACCGGUUACGGAGAUGAUGUCUUUGUCGAUCCGUCUUAUGCCGCUCAGCUCUUCACCAAGUCGGCUGAUCUAGGUCAUGUAGAGGCCUGCUACCGUCUUGGGGAUGCUUAUGAGCACGGAAAGCUGAAUUGCCCAAAGGAUCCCGCCCUAAGCAUUCACUUUUACACUGGAGCUGCGCAAGGCGGUCAUCCACUUGCAAUGAUGGCGCUGUGCGCUUGGUACUUGGUCGGUGCAGAGCCUGUGCUGGAAAAGGAUGAGAACGAGGCGUACGAAUGGGCCAAGCAGGCUGCUGAGCUCGGUCUUGCAAAAGCACAAUAUGCUGUAGGUUACUUCACGGAGAUGGGUAUUGGAUGUCGACGUGAUCCCUUGGAGGCCAACGUCUGGUACGUCAAAGCGGCCGACCAGGGAGAUACCAGAGCGGUGCACCGGAUCGCAGCAAUUCGAGCUGCGGCGGACGGUGUCAACCCAGCGCAGGCCGCUGCGGAUGCCAACGGGAAGAAGCGUAAAAAUGAUGGCAAGAAAAGAUUCGGUAUUUUCUAA